AUGGUUGGUGCAGAUUUCAUAACGAGUCAAAUUACAAUAGGAGUGGCUGAGAACUAUGUUCAUUGUCGUCAACGUGCAAUCUUAUCGUAUCGUUACUGUAUACGACAUAUUCUGCUCGAUCCAGAUGCACCCUAUCGACAGUGUCAGCAUAAACGGAAACCGAAAAGUAAAAAGGAUACGAAUGUGUAUUGUACGAAUGCGAUACGUAGUGAUAAAGAUACACUAUACUGUAGUACCCAUAUGAUAAUGAACGGUAUGAUGGAACCGAAACGGAAAAAACACGCCAUACAUCAUCAGUUGGCCAGCAGCGCGAACAGUAGCAGCAACAGCUCAAAUGCUGCGACAUCGUCGAUUUUACGGCAAUCGCCCUAUGAUCAAAAUUCUAAUCCACAACGCCAAACCUCUCAACAACAGCAGAAUAAUUCUGGUGUUGGUGGCGCAUCGAUGAGUUGGAAUUCAGAUUCUGGACGUUUGAGUGAGGAAGCGGAUAGCUGGAUGGUUGAUAGUUGUGGUACAAGUGGCGCACUUAACAGUAGUAAUACGAGCCAAAAUGCUAGUGACGUUUGUAUGGUAACCUCGAUGGAUACGUAUAGUCAAGUUAAAGAUGCGCAAUGCAUGCAACACCAACAGCAACAGUCACAACAACAACAACAACAAUAUCAACACCAACAAAUGCAACAAGCGCAAUCCUAUGAUUGUAUGCAAAAUCAAGUGAUCUAUCCACAAACACCACAACCUCAGAUGCAAACUCAGGUUCAACUCCAGUCACAGCCUCAACAACAACAGCAGACUCCAUCUACGCCAUCUUCAUCGAGCGCCUAUACGGUUUCGUCGAUGCCUUUGCCACCGAUUCCGUCCAGUGCACCUCCAGUGUGUUCAGUAGCACCACCGCAACAGUCACCGUAUCUUCAACAGCAACAACAACACCAGCAACAAAUUGAAAUUAUGAACGCAGGAGCGCAGAUGCCAAUGGAAGCACAACCGCCGAAUUCGGCAGCUGCUGGGAUUCCGAUCGGUGCCGGGCCAGUUCCGAUUACUGCUGUUGGUGGGGCAUCAAAUCGAUUAGCGCCACCACCAGCACCUCAGCAAACAGCCGUCUGUGGUGUUGCUCCUCAGAUGGCGGUUAUCGGUGUACCAUCGCCUGCUGGACAGAGCGGAGCACCGUUGACGAUGGGAGCCGGAACGUCAUUGGGUAAUUUGAUUGGACGGUCGUCGGAUUAUGUGCGAAGUAGCUCGGUGCUGACCAAUUGUUCAACGUCUUCACAACCCCAUACAACAUUCACACAACAACCAACAACACCUCAUGUGAAGGCAUCCGGAUCUUAUUCAGCAGCAAUGUUAAACUCCGGAUCGUGUUCAUCGUCGGCGCCUUCUUCGUCCUCUCAACAACAGUGUGCCACUCAAUCAGUUCAGGCGCCGUCUCAAGUACCCACUGGUCCAUCGCAAAAUGCGAUUCUGCCUUGGUCAGCACCGUUGCUCUUGCAAAGACCACCAUCGGUUGGUGCGCUGAAACACUACUCAUUGGAUGAGUUGGACAUCGAUUUGGAUGAGCAGCUCACUGGUGAUGACUUGGAGUAUGGUGACGAUGAGCGCAUUCCACAGAUUCGUUCUCCGCAACCACCGAAGAAGAAGGUAAUUCGUCUGAAACAAAAACGCCAGCGUAUGAAGAUGAUCGGUACGUAUCGUAAGAUUGCUUCGGUUGAUCAGAUGUGUAAGGUACUCGAAGAUGCGGACUUCGACCGAACUGAUCUCUUUCCACUUGGACUGGAACCGUCCGAUGACGAGAGCAGUGAGUCUGAUUGUGAUAUUAUGCAGAAAUGGCCGACGCCAAUGGAAAGGCGUUCGGAGAAUGGCAUUUGCUCGGGUGGUGCUCUCGAAGUUUACCUCUUGAAGAAACAACUCAGAUGCACACACGUUCUAACGAAUGCUUGUGGUGAGACAGUGCAAUGUACAGAAAUUUGUUUACCGCUGAGCAAUCACUGUCCUCAACACGUCCUCUACAAUAUCAAUCAGAAACUCUUCUCGUAUUGUUCGGAAUCUUGUUGCGGCCAGCCGGUCUCUUGUGUUGAUUCGCCACUCACCUCAGGUUUAUGUCUUUAUCACUAUGAGCUUUCGCAAAAAGAAGGUGCAAACGGUAAUGUGAGAAAAGAUGCUGCUGAUUCAAUGGAUUGUAAUUGUCAAGGUGCUGUUGCUGCUGCUUCAUCUGCCAACCAUACUUCAAAUAUGCCUCAGUCGUCGACGUCAAGGCCGAAUUCUAGUGGUAUGCAUCAAAUGGGUUACAUUCCACAGCAACAACAACAACAACAACAACCGUCACAGUCUUCUGAUCCAUCGAUGCCUUCACCACUGGUAGCACCUCCACCGCCAUACACUCCACUUCAAAGAGCGGCUGAUCCGAAUGCGCUUAACAAUCAUUCGAUGAAUGGAGUGUCAUAUGGUCAGGCUGGUGCUGUUAACAGUAAUGAUUUGGUGGUGGGUACCCCGAAUCUGAUGAACAUCCAAAGGCCAGCAGCAACGCAUGAAACGGUCGCAACAAAUCAGAUAACGGAUUUCAAUGAAACUGAAGGUGUGGAAACGGAUGUUUCGCUGGCAUCAGUGGCAAAAGAACUUGGUUUUGAUGGUCGUGAACUGAGUGACAUGCUGGCCGGUUUGCCGGCUGACGAACCAGACGCAGACGAUAUACUUCAUGAGCAUUUCACUCAGGGACUGAAAGAAGACGAAGUUGUGCCCAACAACGAUAUUGAUGAUUUGGGCCAUAGUUGGGCGGACGUGGAGCAGUUUUUGUUGUCCGAAGGAUAUCCGGUCGACCUGACACCGCCACCAUUCAAUACGGGUAUUUGUUCGCCAAACGCUCUGAGCAUGCCACAAAAUCAUUUGUUCUCAAAUGCGCCCUCGAAUAUACUCGCGCCGUCCUCUAUUCAGUCAACAGUGACCACCUCAUCACCCUAUCUGAUGGCACCAUCUCCGAACGCCAUUUCGUCUGAUUCGUUGGUAACGCUUCAACCGCUGCAACCUCUUCAACCCAUUCAACAGAUGACUUCCACUCAACAACAACAAACACAACAACAACAACAACAACAGUAUCUUCCACAACAGUCCCAACAGCAGCCCCAACAAAUGCAAUUGCAAUCAAGACAGCAGCAAGCGCAGCAACAGCAACAACAAUCCAUUCCAACGGCUGAAAAUCUUUUGCCAUAUCGCAACUUGUAG